CUCUGUCCCGCCGCCUGAUGGGGAGGUUUGUGCUCUACGACUUCGGGUUUAGGAGCUGUUGCUGUGGGCGGAGAGACGGAGAUGUGAGCGGCCAAGGUGCCGGUGAGUCCCCCCCCCCCCAUCUGUUUGGUGUGUGGACUGAGCUUUGAGGGGCUGAGCUUCAGUGGAGGGCCACAUGGCGGGGCACAACAAGGAGAAGCAUUAUGAGUGUGAAGUGUGUGGGAAGGCCUGGCAGUACCCGAGCUCUCUGGAGAUCCACCGGCGGGUUCACACAGGAGAACGCCCCUUCGACUGUUCGGAGUGCGGCAAAGACUUCAAGAUGGCGCAUCACCUGAAGAUGCACCAGAAGGUGCACACAGGCGAGAAGCCCUAUGGCUGCUCCACCUGCGGCAAGAGCUUUACCCGGAUGUCGGGGUUGCGGGAGCACAGGCGGGUGCACAGCAGUGAGCGGCCCUUCACCUGCUCCGACUGCGGCAAAGGCUUCAAGUCGUCGCAGGACCUGAAGGUGCACAGGCGUGUACACACCGGGAAGCGGCCCUACACCUGCAGCGACUGCGGCAAGGACUUCUCCCGCUACAGCAACCUGCUGAAGCACCAGCACAUCCACACCGGCGAGCGUCCCUACACCUGUGCCCAGUGCAGCAAGGGCUUCACCCAGUCAUAUCAUCUGCUGGAGCACCAGCGCACCCACACCGGCGAGCGCCCUUACGCCUGCGACGACUGUGGCAAGGGCUUCGCCCGCUCCGCCAGCGUGCUGGAGCACCAGCGCACCCACACCGGCGAGCGGCCCUACACCUGCGCCCAGUGCGGCAAGAGCUUCAUCCGCAACAAAAACCUGCUGUCCCACCAGCGCAUCCAUACCGGCGAGCGCCCCUACACCUGCAGCCACUGCGGCAAGGGCUUUACCCAGACCAGCAUCCUGCUUGUGCACCAGCGCACCCACACUGGCGAGCGCCCCUACACCUGUGCCCUAUGCGGCAAGGGCUUCAGCCGCUCCACCUAUCUGCUGAACCACAAGCGCAGCCACACCGGCGAGCGCCCCUACAACUGCGCCCAGUGCGGCAAGGGCUUCACCCAGUCACAUCAUCUGCUGGAGAACCAGCGCAGCCACACCGGCGAGCGCUCCUACACCUGCGCCCAGUGCGGCAAGGCCUUCACUCGCUCCUCCGGGCUGCGCUCCCACCAGCGGGUGCACACCGGCGACCGUCCCUUCCCCAGCUCAGUGUGUGGAGAGGGCUUUGCCAUGGCCUCCCACGCGCUGUCUCACCAGCACGUGCACACCAGUGGCCAGCCCUACGACUGUCCGUACUGUGGUGAGUCGUUUGACAGCUCGCGGGGGUUGCGGCAGCACCAGCGGACCCACGCCGGCGAGCAGAUGCUCCCACUGCGGGAAGCGUUACAAGAGAGCACGGGGGCUGUGGGAGCACCAGCGGAUACACACCAAAGAGAGACCCUUUGUGUGCGCUGAGUGU